UAAAAAAAAUGUUGUCAAAAUUGUGUUUGACAACUGCGACUUUCAAAUGACACAAUAUUUUUUGGUAAAAUGAUAAAUAAAUAGUGGUAAUCAUUGAAAAGCACCACGCGACAGUGUUUAAUUAUAAGCCAAGUUAUUGAAAAUGAAGUUUUUAAGUGUUUUGUAGCUUGUGUGAAUUGCUACCAAAAUGAGGACUCGAAGUAAUUCAGGGGUGCGUUUGGAUUAUUACCAGCGGGUUGUGCACAAGCUAAUUUUAGAUCACCAGCAGCCUGUGACAGGAUUAUUUCCCGCAAGCCCUCACAAUGACCAUGCUUGGAUUAGGGACAACCUUUACUGUAUUUUAGCAGUAUGGGGAUUAUCUAUGGCGUUUAAGAAAAUUGCUGAUCAAGAUGAAGACCGUGCCAAAACAUAUGAAUUAGAACAAAGUUGCGUCAAGCUUAUGAGAGGUCUCCUCAUGGCUAUGAUGCAACAAAAAGAUAAAGUAGAGAAAUUCAAGAGUACUCAGCAUCCCUUGGAUUCUCUCCAUGCCAAGUAUUCUUCUACCACUGGCCGCAUCGUGGUCAAGGACACAGAGUGGGGACACCUCCAGAUUGAUGCAAUCUCCCUCUACCUUCUAAUUCUUGCACAGAUGACUGCAUCUGGUCUGCAAAUAGUUUUCUCUUUAGAUGAAGUUUCAUUCAUCCAGAAUUUAGUGUUUUACAUUGAAUCAGCAUAUUGUACUCCUGAUUAUGGAAUUUGGGAAAGAGGUGACAAGACUAACCAUGGUCUGCCAGAGUUAAAUGCAAGCUCCAUUGGCAUGGCAAAAGCAGCUCUUGAAGCUAUGAAUGAGUUGGACUUGUUUGGUGCUCGCGGUGGUCCUUCUAGUGUUAUUCAUGUGCUGGCUGAUGAAGCCCAAAAAUGUCAAGCUGUACUACAGUCCAUGCUGCCAAGAGAAUCUAACAGUAAAGAGUUAGAUUCAGGUUUACUAUCUAUUAUAAGCUAUCCAGCUUUUGCUGUAGAUGACCCUCAGUUGAUUGCAAUAACAAGAGACACCAUUGUUGCUAAGCUCCAAGGGAAAUUUGGAUGCAAGCGAUUCCUCAGGGAUGGACACAAAACACCAAGGGAGGAUCCCAAUAGGCUGUAUUAUGAGCCUUGGGAACUGAGGAUGUUUGAAAAUAUAGAAUGUGAAUGGCCAUUGUUCUUCUGCUACCUGAUACUGGAUUAUUGUUUCAAAGGUGAUAAAAACAAUGUCGCAGAGUACACACAGUUGUUGGAAAAGAUUAUGCUGAGGAAAGAUGAUGGAAUCAAGUUGGUUCCUGAACUGUAUUCAGUACCACCUGACAAGGCUGAUCUGGAACAACAGAACCCAGGGAGCCAGGAGCGCAUACCCUUGGGCAGGUGCCCCUUCAUAUGGGCCCAGUCAUUAUACAUUCUAGGAAAGUUAUUACAAGAGGGUUUCCUAGCUGUUGGGGAAUUAGAUCCUCUUAAUAGAAGGUUAUGUUCAGAGAAAAAGCCAGAUGUGGUUGUCCAGAUUGUGAUACUUGCUGAAAAUAAUGAAAUCAGAGAUAAGUUGCUAGAGUAUGACCUGCAUGUACAAACUAUCAGUGAUGUGGCUCCCAUUGAAGUGCAACCAGCAAGAGUUUUAAGCCAUUUGUACACAUAUUUAGGUCGUAACAAGAAAUUAGGUUUAUCUGGCAGAAAAUCCCGUGAUGUAGGUAUUUUAAGUACAAGCAAGCUGUACUCUUUGAAUGACCGCAUAUUCGCGUUUACACCACAGUUUUCUGACAUGACACGUUUCUACAUCGCCUCUGACUACGAUCUUAUGGUUGACACCCUCAAAGCAGAAAUUAAUUUCUUGAAGUCCUCUUGGCAAAACCUCCUUGGUCGGCCACUUGUUGUCUUGACUCUGAAUAAAAUGCACCUGGAUCAGGGUAAGAUCCCAAUGGCGAUGAUAACGACCAUGAAAAAACUUAAAUCUGGUUACAUCAAUGGUACACGAGUAACUCUUGGUAAUCUCGGAGAGUUUUUGAGCACAUCCGCUAUUACAAAUUUGAGUUUCCUUGGCAGUCAAGAGGAUGGAUAUCCUGAUAAAUUAAACCCAGAAGUUCAAAGCUAUUUAGAAGAGCACUUAUUGAAGUCGUUCAGCAACAAGAUCAACUUCCUGCCACGGCCAGCAGGAGCUCGAAAUGCACGCGCAAUGCGCCGCCGCAUGUCUGUUCGUGGAGCCAUCAAGAAGACUAGAUCCAUCAAUGUAGACUCUGAAACGUUAGGUAUGGAAGGAGAGUCAGUGGGUCGUUCUUUGGAGCGUAAACCGUCGUGGCUUGAUGUGGACCCUGCUACUUAUGGACGCAGUCCAUCGCCUGAGGAUGCUAAACGCCGAGCUUUUACUAAGGGAACAUCGACGACGUCUUUAGCCGUUUCCACUCCUACCAUUGAAGUGACAAAAGAAAAGUCUCCGUCACCACCUGAAGCGGUAGUAAACAAGAAUAUUACGAACGUAGUUCGCAACCGCACCACCUCAGAGUCCCAGAACUCUGUAUACGCUGAACAAGAGACGGACGAGCUCAUCGCCAUGUUGCGGGAGACUGAGAGCCUGGACGAGCAGGGAGACAUACUGCAGUAUCUCGUCGAUACUCAUGGACUGGACUUUAGUACAGGCAUGCAAGAAAACGGAAAAAUGGUGACCGUGAAAGACCUUCUAAAGGUUCUUUACGAAAAGGCUUGUACCCAAAAGCUCUGGGGACUUGUUCGUCACACUGCUGGUAUGCUCGGCAAGAGAGUUGAGGACCUCGCAAAGGCUGUAACGGACUUGUUGGUUCGACAAAAACAGAUUACUGUGGGCAUGCCUCCCAACAAUGAACAUACUAUCACAGCUCCGUUGCCAGAGAACGAAUUGAGGCAGCUUAUACAUCAGUCAUUUCGUCAUGAAAAUCAAGGGAAUGAACAGAAGAAGGCGUAUGGCGACGACGAGAGUACAGCCAUGUUGACUCAGGAGCUGCUGGUCUACCUCGCCAUGUUCAUCCGCACUGAGCCACAGCUCUUCCUGGAGAUGUUACGACUCCGUGUCGGACUUAUCAUACAGGUUAUGGCCACAGAGUUGUCGCGAACGUUGUCAUGCGACGGCGAGGAGGCGUCUGAACAUUUGCUGAACUUAUCACCUUUUGAGAUGAAGAAUUUGUUACAUCACAUACUCAGCGGCAAGGAGUUUGCCAUAAAUAGCGCAAACUCACUAUUUGUAAUAAAGGGAAAAAUCAGUAAAAGUAAAGUUGGUCGCGGUAACUUCUCUAUAGUGAGCAACAAAUCCCAUAGAUAUGGCAAGAAGUCACAGAUUGUUCUAGAAGGACAAUCUCUACAGGGCGGGAUUGAAGAAGCACCUAUAACUGAGCCAGAUCGCCAGGGCCAAUGGUUGCGUCGACGAAGGCUUGAUGGAGCAUUGAAUCGUGUACCACGUGACUUCUACCCUCGCGUGUGGGGUGUCUUGGAAAGGUGUCAAGGCCUAAUCAUUCAAGGAAAGAUCUUGCAACCGAAUUUGACCCAAGAGAUGACGUCUGGAGAGUUGAAAUUCGCGCUUGCAGUAGAAACAGUACUGAACUCGAUCCCACAGCCGGAGUACAGGCAGUUAGUUGUGGAAGCUCUCAUGGUGUUGACAUUGGUCGUGGAGUAUAAAGCCGUAGCGCAUCUCGGAGGAACCAUUGAGGUCGAGAGUCUGGUUCAUAGAGCCAACCAAAUAUUCUUAGAUGAUCAGAUGCGAUGCAACGGCGACGCGACUCUGUGUUGUGCGAAGGAGGAGGCUCGUGGCGGGUCCCUGGUGUGCGGCGGCGCGGCCGGCGUGUGCCAGCACCUGUACGACAGCGCGCCGUCGGGCUCCUACGGCACCAUGACGUACCUGGCGCGGGCCGUCGCCGCGCUGCUGGCCGACACCAUGCCGCUCGACUCGCCCAUCGAGUGCACCAUCACUUAAUGUUACUACUGCUUUACUUGCCAUAUACAUCCUACUUAGAAAAGCUAAAUAGAGAUAAUAGGGAUGUUUCCAGCUAAUAACAUUUUCUAAAUGUCUAAAACGACCAUUUGGUACAAGAUUGCGCUAUGUGAUUUUACUGUCAUUCUCCUAAAAAUCAUUUUAGAAGAAUACCAACAUCAAGCACCUAAAUGUUAAAUGCUUGUGUGUUAGAAAUUGUAACAAUUUAUUUUUGGCUGAGGAGACAUCCUAAUUAUAAAUAUUCUGAAUAGUAAAACACCCAAAAGAGUGUAUAAUGCCCCAUUUCUGUCUUAGGUAGAAACUUUGACUACGGCAACAGUUCACCAUCCGGCGACCCAUUAGCUUUGUUGUUAUUAUAGUAUAAAAAUCUAUUACAAAUAAAAAGUUUUGCAAUAUAACCCGCAAUACAAGUUAAAUUCGAAUAAAAUUCUUUGGCUGAUCAACAGUUUUGAACAAAGACAGCGUUUUUAAGUGCCAAUAUCUAAAUAUAAGGCGCAAAAUGACAAUCGACCUUCUUAUCAUCUUAGUUGACUAGCUUAUCUUGUCUAGAACUAGGAAUAUUAUAACUUGGAGCGAAUAUAAUUCAUCUCCAAUACUUGUUACAGAAAAUAAAACGUUUAUUCACCUACACAUUAUAUAUAUGUAUGUACUUAUGUCUUCCUCAGAGAGUGUGACCUUGAAAUGACAGCAGUGUAUUAUGUAAUUACGCAAACAUGUUCUCUAGUAGUUCCAAUGUUGACAUUGUAGAUGUUACUUCGUGUCUGUCUCUAUUUAAAGGCAUCAUAGGUUGUGUGGCAUUGUGCCAUUGUACUAUAACAAUAUUAAAUUGCAAUCUCAAAUAGUAUUUCUUAGCAAACAUCUUUUUAUGCUUUUUAUACAUGUUAAAUCAUUAAAAUACUACUUUCUUUAUUAUAUUAUCAUGUUAUCAACUAUAGUCACAAAGUUUUAAAGCUUUUGUGAACAUAUUUUUGGGUUUUUUAGUAUUGUAUCAUAACAUUAACUACAGAUAUUAAGAGGUAUUAUUGUAGUCAUAAUGAAAUAUUGAUUUAUUUUCUGAUAUUAAAACAAAAUUAUUUCAA